UAAAUUAAUAAUGGUAAGCUAUCGGAUGAGUUUGUAAAGUGAAUGGAUUGGUUGGUUAUGAUUCGAAUGGCUGUUGUGGUGAGUUAUGUCAAUCGAGCAUGGAAGCUUACGAAAUCGUAGGGUAAGAGAACUAAGAAGGUCGGUAUUUGCGGAAAGUACGGAACAAGAUAUGGUUCCUCUCUUCGUAAGAUUGUUAAGAAGAUUGAAAUCAGCCAGCACGGAACUUACACCUGCGCUUUCUGCGGAAAGAACACCGUCAAGAGAACUUGCGUCGGUAUCUGGGAGUGCAAGAAGUGCAAGAAGGUCGUUGCUGGAGGUGCUUGGUCCAUUUCUACCCCCACUGCUCUUACUGUGAGAUCCUCGAUUCAGAGACUUCGUCGUUCCAAGAACGAGGCCUAAUCUCUUUUUCAGGUCUUGGAAUAGUACAA